AUGGAGUUACCAUCAGUUCCUAAGACUCUCCAGGGGUAUAGCCGUGAGUCUCAAGUAUCAGUGGGAGCUGCCUUCGGGGUAGGCCAGUCCACAGUUUCUCAAGUGACUUGGAGAUUCAUUGAAGCAUUGGAAGAACGUGAAAAGCACCAUCUCAAGUGGCCUGAUUCCAACAGAAUGGAAGAAAUAAAGUCCAAACUUGAAGAAGCCUUUGGAUUUCCCAAUUGUUGUGGAGCCAUAGACGGUACACACAUCAUUAUGACACUUCCUACCUUUCAAACAUCAGGCGAUUGUUGUGACCUGGAGGACAACUACAGCAUGCUCUUUCUGCAGGGAAUUGUUGACCAUGAGAUGAGGUUUCUUGGCAUUGUAACUGGUUGGCCUGGGGGAAUGACGGUGUCUAGACUUUUAAUGUGUUCAGGAUUUUUCAAGCUCUGUGAAGGUGGACAGCGUUUGAAUGAAAAUUUUAGAACUUUAUCUGGAGGAGUAGAGAUUAGAGAAUACUUAGUUGGUGGGUUGGCUAUCCUCUGCUUCCCUAGCUCAUAA